AUGGGUGACUUUAUGAACGACCAAUUUGAUCAACCGAUGGAAUACAAAAUAGACUCCACUGGCCGACCGGUAUAUCAGCGUCACAACGACUUUGGGCCCCUGAGACAACUACGAAAUAUUAUACCCAAGAUUGUCGAUUUUGGACAUUGCGCAAGGCUCGAUUCUGAUGACGAUUGGGGUAUAUAUCCUAUCCAGCCAGAUCACUAUCGCGCACCAGAGGUGGUUCUUGGUUGUGGUUGGAGGAUGAACACAGACUUAUGGAACUUGGGUGUUAUUCUAUGGGAUCUGAUCGAAGGCAAGGAAUUAUUCCGCCAAGUCUAUGAUGAACAAGGCCGAUAUCAGGCAAAGGCGCACCUCGCAGAGAUGAUAGCCUUACCUGGUCCCCCACCCCAAGAGCUGAUCACAAGAUAUCGCUCGUUGCUCAAGUACCAAUGGCCCCAGCCUAUUGCAACGGUGGACGAUAAUGUCUACGAAAGUUCCAAUCAAUUCUUUGGGGGUCCAUUCUUCGAUGGUGAUGGUAUUUGA